AUGGCGGCCCUGCUGGUGCAUCAACACUGUUCUAAUGCCUUUGACCAGAAUGGCAAGGCGGCCUCCACAGGCACAGACCAAGGAGUCACACCAGUGCUCCAGCAGCCCCUCAUCUGCCCAGCGCCCGGCCGGUUCAGCUCAGCCCUGCCGGGAGGGUGGCAUAAAGGAGCGCCGGGCGGCCGCCCACUCUCUCCAGUGGCUGCAGCUGGGAUGCAUCCUGCAGGGGCGGAGGGCAGCAGCCAUGGUGCAGAGAGCAGCCUCCAUUCCCGGCGGCCACGCAGAGAGGUGCCCAGAGUCUGCAAGUACUUCCAGCGUGGCCUCUGCUUCCAUGGAGACAGAUGCAGCUAUCAGCACCUGGUGCCCGCCAGUCCCCUGGAGUGGGGCCGCCGCUAUUCCGAGCCACUUGUGGCUGUGCCGGGCCAGUGGCCAGGCCUGACCCGCAGGGCCUCCGAGCCCACUUUCCCACACCCCAUAGUUGUGGAGUGGGGCCAGGCCUGGCUAGGGGCCCACUGGGGCAUGGAGCUUGGCCUGGAGGAGGCUGGAGGCAGCUCUUGGAGGUCCCCAUCUUCAUCGCCGGCUGCCUGGGAGCACAGCCCCGCCGAGAAGCCUCCACUCGCGGCCGACCUUGUCCAGGAGCUCUCGGGCGCCCUUCAGAGCCUGGACCUGGCAGAGGGCUCGCACGACAGCGACAGCCGGGACGUGGUGUGCGGCAUCUGCAGGGAGAGAGUGUGGGACAAGCCCGCGUGUCGUGUCUACUCCAGCUACAUCAUCCCCCACAAGUUCUGGGUGAGCGACGGGCCUGAGAAGGAGCAGCUCAUCCGGACCUUCACCGCCCGGACCCGCCAGAUCCAAUGCCGGUUCUUCAUGCGGGGGAAUGGCCGCUGUCCCUUCAGAUCCAACUGCAUCUACCUGCACCAGCUCCCGGCUCAGGCCCUGGCCUCUAGUCCUCCCUGGGCUCCCGGCAGUGAGGUGCUGGGCUCACUGUUGUUCCCGGGGGCCACCAGGCCAGGGGAGCACGUGUCCUUCUCCGGCCAUGUCCUGGCCCCGGCCCCCUGGGACUCCGAGUUCCUGCUGGAUCAUGGCAACUCCUAA